UGUCUCCCCCACCCCAGGCGGGUGCCCUCGUGUCUCUGCACCCCGGGGGGGGGGGGUCCUGGGGGGCACCAUGGGGUCCCUGUUCCGCAGCGAGGAGGUCUGCCUGGCCCAGCUCUUCCUCCAGUCUGCCUCGGCCUACAGCUGUGUCAGCGAACUGGGGGAGCUGGGGCUGCUGGAGUUCAGGGACCUGAACCCCAAGGUCAGUGCCUUCCAGCGGCGCUUCGUGGGCGAGGUGCGGCGCUGCGAGGAGAUGGAAAAGACCUUCACCUUCCUGCAGCAGGAGCUGCGGGAGGCCGGGCGGGCGCUGGCGCCGUGUCCCGAGGCGCCGCGGGCGCCGCUGGCGCGGGAGGCGCUGCGGGUGCAGGAGCAGUCGGAGCAGCUGGCGCGGGAGCUGCGGGAAGUCUCCCGCAACCGGGCCUCCCUGCUCCAGCGCCUGCGGGACCUGCGGAGGUACCUCCACGUCCUGCGGGAGGGACAGCGCUUCACCAGCCUGCCGGCUCCCCUGGGCUCCCCGUCCCCGCGGCCCCGCCUGCCCUCGGAUCGUGAGCCCGUCCUGGAUCCGUCCCUGCACCAGCACCUGGACCGCAAGAUCAACUUCGUGGCCGGUGUCAUCCACCCGUGGCGGGUCAGCCCCUUCGAGCGGCUGCUGUGGCGCGCCUGCCGUGGCUACCUGGUGGCCAACUUCGUGGAGAUGCCUGAGCCCAUGGAGGACCCGGCCACGGGCGAGAGCAUCACCUGGGUCAUCUUCCUCAUCUCCUACUGGGGCGAGCAGAUCGGGCAGAAGAUCCGCAAGAUCUCAGACUGCUUCCACUGCCAUGUCUAUCCCUACCCGGAGAGCGAGGCCAGCCGGGUGGACACCAUGAACGGGCUGCACAGCCAGAUCCAGGACCUCAGCGUGGUGCUGGAGGAGACGGAGCAGUACCUGGCGCAGGUGCUGGACAAAGUGGUGCUGGUCCUGCCCACCUGGCGGGUGCAGGUGCAGAAGAUGAAGGCCAUCUACCUCGUCCUCAACCAGUGUAGCUUCGAUGUCACCAAGAAGUGCCUCAUCGCCGAGGUCUGGUGCCCUGUGCAGGACCUCAUCCGAGUGCAGGACGCCCUGCGCCAGGCAUCGUACCAGAGUGGCUCCAGCGUGGAGUGCUUCGUGCAGCGUGUCCCCACCUCCGAGAGCCCCCCCACCCUCAUCCGCACCAACAAGUUCACCGCUGGCUUCCAGAACAUCGUGGAUGCCUACGGGGUGGCCAGUUACCAGGAGGUGAACCCUGCACCCUACACCAUCAUCACCUUCCCCUUCAUCUUUGCCAUCAUGUUUGGGGACGUGGGGCACGGGCUGCUCAUGUUCCUCUUUGCUCUCUGGAUGGUCCUGAACGAGAAGAGCCCCAGCCUGAGAAAGGCCACCAACGAGAUCUGGCUGAUGUUCUUUGAGGGACGCUACCUCAUCCUGCUCAUGGGGGCCUUCUCCAUCUACACUGGCUUCAUCUACAAUGAGUGCUUCAGCAAAGCCACAGCCAUCUUCCCCUCCGCCUGGAGCGUGGCCACCAUGGCCAACCACUCCUCCUGGAGCUCUGCCUAUCUCGCCACCCACCCCUUCCUCACCCUGAACCCCAACAUCACUGGUGUCUUCCAAGGACCGUAUCCUUUCGGGAUCGACCCGAUCUGGAGCUUGGCCACCAACCACCUCAACUUCCUCAACUCCUUCAAGAUGAAGAUGUCUGUGGUGCUGGGAAUCGUGCACAUGGGCUUCGGCGUCACGCUGGGGGUCUUCAACCACGUGCACUUCCAGCAGUGGCACCGGCUGGUGCUGGAGCUCCUGCCCGAGAUGAUUUUCCUCCUGGCGCUCUUCGGCUACCUCGUCUUCCUUAUCUUCUACAAGUGGAUCAAGUUCAGUGUCGCCGACUCCAUGGUGGCCCCCAGCAUCCUCAUCCACUUCAUCGACAUGUUCCUCUUCACCUCCAACCCCGGCAACCUCCCGCUCUACCAGGGGCAGGUGGCGGUGCAGAUGGUGCUGGUGGUGCUGGCGCUGGCGUCCGUGCCCGUCCUGCUCCUGGGGACACCGCUCUACCUGUGGUGCCGGCAGCGAGCGCCGAGGAGCAGCCCCCCUGCGCUGGUGGCCACCGGGGAGCAGGAGCCCCUGCUGGAGGGGCAGGACGCCGGCAACUCCGUCAACACCACCAAGGAGGACGUGGAGAGCGGGGGACGUGGUCCCGACGCCGAGCACCUGGACAUGUCCCAGGUCUUCAUGCACCAGGCCAUCCACACCAUCGAGUACUGCCUGGGCUGCGUCUCCAACACCGCGUCCUACCUGCGGCUCUGGGCGCUCAGCUUGGCCCACGCCCAGCUGUCGGAGGUCCUGUGGACCAUGGUGAUGCGCCAGGGCUUCGUGGCCCUCGGCUACGCCGGGGGCCUGGUGCUGGUGCCCGUCUUCGCCGCCUUCGCCGUCCUCACCGUCGCCAUCCUCCUGGUGAUGGAGGGGCUCUCUGCCUUCCUCCACGCCCUGCGCCUGCACUGGGUGGAAUUCCAGAAUAAGUUCUACUCCGGCGCCGGGUACAAGUUGUGCCCCUUCGCCUUUGCCCCCGAUGUCUGCGAGUAGCUGUGCUGAGCUGGAGGUCGUGGGGGGGGACGAGGGGGCUGGGACCAUUGGCUGGACCCCCAUUUCCCCACCCCGCCCCUACCCCAAGACCCCCCCAAGCUGGGGGUGGGGGGGUGGGCAGUGGGGGGGGGGUCCAGCAAAGUGUCCCCCCAGCAAUGAAUAAAACCGUCCCCAGGGCUUGUUCCCA